AUGUCUUCGUCACGUUCCGGCCGUUCAGGAGGUUCAUCCAGCCACCGCAGCUCCAAGAGUAGCAAGAAGCCAAGGGCGGUCCAACGCUCCGUCCAGCAGCUCAUCGAGUCGCUCGAAACCCACCGGGUAAACACCCUCACAGAGCUCUGCCGGAUCGAGCGCGUGGCCGCGACCUGUGAGAACGAAGAGGACGCCGUCGCCUUCCAGGGCCCCAUGACGGCGGCCUGGGACUACUAUGUCAACAGCAACCAGCUCCUGAGCGAGCUGCGCGGGAUGACGCGCAGCUACCCGAUCUGCAGCGACAUCCUCUACGACGCCCACGUCCGCGUGCGCAGCGACCCGAACUCGAACAAGAGCUGGAACCUGGCGUGGCUCUGCUUGACCAAGAUCCAGGAAGAUGGCCUAGUUGACGGAUACGCCGGCGUCGAGGCCGUGAAGCCUGAGAUGUGGGGAGGCCGCGAGCCUUCGGCGGAGGAGGCGGAACAGCUCAAGGCGUGCUUCGUGUACGAAUGGAACAAGGCCUUGAGUGCCAUGCUCAGGCACUGGGCCGUCGAUCCGGUCUGGUACUAG